GCUGAGUUUCUCUUCAGGCAGCUCAAACACACUGGAGGCUGGCAGAUGUAAACGUGAAGUGUAACAAUAGCAUACAAGUUGAUGUCAAUGGAAUGGUAACAAUGGACAGUCACUGGGGGCUGCUUCUUACCUUGGUGCUGUUAGGCUUCCAACAAGGUUUAGCGAAGCCUGUGAUCAAGCCAAGUUUAUCCAGUUUAGUUGUAAUCAAAGGGGGGAAAAUUGAACUUCGAUGCCAGGAUAACACCAGUGUGCAGUGGUUUUUGGAAAGGUCUAGACGGAUAAACUUGAAAAGAAAUAUAAAGAUGGAAGGUGGUUACAGUAAAAUUGUUAUUACAAAUGUAGAACCCAGAAACAUGGGUAGAUACAUUUGCAUCAGUAAUAACUCUUCCCUUGAGAGCUCCAUCUACGUGUUUGUAAAAGAUCCUGAAAAUCUUUUUUAUCCUUCAAUUGUUACGGAUCUUUCAGUAAAGGAAGGAGAGGAUCCAGCCAUUCGCUGUCUUGUAACAGACCCUGAGGUCACAGACUUCAAACUGGAGAGAUGCGGGGAUAAUCCACUUCCCAAGGAUCUAGAAUUUAUUGUCGAUUUUGAGAAGGGUAUCACCAUUAAAAAUGCGCAGAAGAGUUUUGAGGGAUGCUAUAUUUGUUCUGCCAAACAUAAUGGAGGGAAGAUAUGGAAGUCGAAAUCAUACAAUAUAAAAGUGUAUCCAGCUCAAGUACAGCCUCCAGCUCUUAGUCUUGAUGAAGUUAAAGUUAUUCUAAAGGAAGGGGAGGUGUUUGAAGUUAAAUGCAAAGCCCUUAAUGUGGAUCACGAGAUGGAGAUGAAGUGGAAUUAUCCCAAGAAUGCGACUCCAAUAAAAAAAAAUAACUCUCAUUCCAAACUGAACGUCUUUGAAAUGGAAUCAACUCUGCACAUUGCCUCUGUAAAUACCACUGAUUCUGGGAAUUAUACUUGUGAAGCAAAAAAUCACUUUGGAUCCUCUUCAGCCUCAAUGUUACUGAAUGUUUUAGAGACAGGAUUCAUAAACAUGUCCAUACCUGGGGACAGAACUGUCGAAGUUAACACUGGAGAAAGCCUUAUUUUGCCAGUAGAAUUUACAGCAUACCCACGGCCUGACAAACUGUUCUGGAUGUACAUGAAUGUAACUUUACAGAAUGGCUCUGACCAUUUUAUCACUUCAGAAGAAAAUGGCUACAGGUACAGCAGCAACCUGAACCUUGUGCGUUUGACAGGAACAGAAGGAGGGAAUUACAAAUUUUUUGCAUCUAGUUCAGAUACCUCCUCCAGUAAAACAUUUACAGUUCACGUCAGAAGUAAGCCAGAGAUAAUCUCUCAAGAUGGACCAAUUAAUGGCAUAGUCCGGUGUAUUGCAGCCGGCUACCCUGUUCCUGAAAUGUCUUGGUAUUAUUGUCUGGGGCCUCAUAAGCGCUGUUUUGGCCAACCCAAUGCUACUAAGGAGGAGGGCGUCAACAUCAACCUAUCAAGCCCAGCCUUCGGCAGAAGACAAAUCGAAAGCAGAAUGAAUGUUUCCAAGCUGCACACAAAUAUUACAUUGGAGUGCCUGGCUCAGAGUGAUGUUGGCCAGGAUUAUUAUAUAUUUAGAAUAGAAAUAGAAGAGAGGACAGUUGCCCAUGAACUCUUCACUCCUUUGCUGAUCGGGUUUGUAGCAGCAGCAGCAGUGCUGUGUGUUAUUCUUGCAAUCCUCAUCUACAAGUAUAGUCAGAAACCAAAGUAUCGGAUUCAGUGGAAAGUCAUUGAAGGAAUGAAUGGAAAUAAUUACGUCUAUAUUGAUCCAGCCCAACUACCAUAUGACCAUAAAUGGGAGUUCCCCAGGGAUAAACUACGCUUUGGUAAAACACUUGGUUCUGGUGCUUUCGGAAAAGUUGUGGAGGCAACUGCUUAUGGGAUGUCAAAAGCUGACAGUGUGAUGACCGUUGCUGUCAAAAUGCUAAAACCAAGUGCCCAUUCCACUGAGAAGGAGGCUCUGAUGUCAGAACUCAAGGUCUUGAGCUACCUUGGACAUCACAUGAACAUUGUCAACCUACUAGGAGCCUGCACUGUGGGAGGUCCCAUACUGGUAAUCACUGAGUACUGCUGUUACGGGGACCUUCUGAACUUUCUGAGAAGGAAAAGAGAUUUGUUCGUUUGCUCCAGUUUUGUAGAAGAAUCACAUUACAGGAAUAUUCUAUCUGAAGCAAAAAGUGACGACAGUAAAAAUGGCUACAUGACAAUGAGGCCUUCCAUGUCAGGUGCCAGCCCAUUGAAGUCUACAUUAGAGAACAGAAGAUCAGUAAGGAAAGGAUCAUACAGUGAUAAAGAUAAUGAAAUGUUGCAAGAUGAUACAAUGGCCCUGGACACCGAAGAUCUUUUGAGUAUUUCUUAUCAAGUUGCUAAAGGGAUGAGCUUCCUUGCUUCCAAAAAUUGCAUUCACAGGGACCUGGCCGCAAGGAACAUUCUUAUUACACCAGGGCGAGUGGCUAAAAUUUGUGACUUUGGUCUGGCUAGAGACAUUAAAAAUGAUUCCAACUAUGUUGUCAAAGGCAAUGCAAGGCUUCCUGUAAAGUGGAUGGCUCCAGAAAGCAUCUUUGAGUGUGUGUACACGUUUGAAAGUGACGUCUGGUCUUACGGCAUAUUACUGUGGGAAUUGUUCUCUUUAGGCAGCAGCCCUUAUCCUGGAAUGCCAGUGGACUCCAAGUUCUACAAGAUGAUAAAGGAAGGAUACAGGAUGGUUGGACCUGAAUUUGCACCCGAUGAAAUGUGUGAUAUAAUGAAGGCAUGCUGGGAUGCUGAUCCACUGGAAAGACCCUCAUUUGGACAAAUUGUAGAGAAGAUUGAACAACAGCUAUCAGACAACACAAAACAUAUCUAUUUAAACUUUUCAACCAAAUUUUCCAACACAGAGGAUCUGGCUGCCCACUCCUUGCGGCUCAAUUCUGUUGGCAGCAGCAAUGCGUCCACACAGCCACUUCUCCUGGGCGAUGAUGUAUUCUUUGAAGACGAACAAAGACAAGAGAGAGCCUGAUCUUACAAACUCCCUUUGGUCAGUGCAUGACAAUAAACCUGUACAGAGGAAAACUCAAAUGGGCACGAACACCCUGCCCCCAUCCCCCACCCCCCUCCCCAAAACAUUGCAGACCAAAAGGCCUUGUGAACCGGUGACAAUAUAGAUAGAAAGUCACAAUAAUGAGAAAACAUAUUUAUUAACACAACAAUGACGCCUUUUCAGUUCUGCAAACAAAUACUUGGGAAAUGUUGCAUAACUGGUAACAAAUUACAAAAUACUUACUGUUUUAUAAAGCUUUGUUGACAACGGUCUGUAAAUAAAUUACAUUUCAAGUGGAAUUUAUAUUGAUAUUAAGGUUAAAUGAAAAGAAAAUGGAAUGCUUUCGGGAUAAAUAUGACUAGAUAUUCUGGUUUUAUACAUUUCAAUGUAAAAUGUAAAUAUUGAAUGUUUGUUAGUUGUAUUUUAUUAUAUUUCUUUGUUACAUUAUGUAAGUGCUGGAAGCAGACAGUCUAGACCUAUUACUGUGGGAUAGAGAUAAAAAAAAAAUAGAAGCAAAACAAGUGCUUAAGAUAUAAGCUGUGUACUGUAUCAUGUUAAUGCAAACUAAUAUGCUUUGUAUACAUUUCAAUAUGUUCUUUAUUUUGGAGAUGUUUUGAUCUUUGCAAGCUCAAAGACUAGUAAACCAUUUUAGCCAAAGGAUUCUAUUUUUGAAGCCUCAAAUCACUGUUUACUUGGUACAGUACUGUAUGUAGCAGACUUGCUUAUUUCAGCAAUGCAGCAAGAAGCAAGAUUCCAUAUUGUAAUGCUCCAAAAAAUGCAAGGUGUCCAUGUAAAAAGAACAUUAUCCACCUAAUGUUUUUUUGUUUGAUAUUCUGUAUUGUAUCUAGUGAUGGAAAAUGCAGAUGUUUUAUUGUUAGGUGUUAUUGGCAUGCUCAAAGAAAUGUGUUAUAUGGUGUCUUUCUAGAGGUUAU